AUGACUGCUCCAAAACCAUACACCGUGCCAGACGCCACAAAGGCAGCCUUCCAAGCCAAUAACUGGACGAGCACGCUCCUCAAAAACAACGCCUACCAGGCCGUCGAAACCUACUGCCGCAAGCCAAAGCCUCAGACGGGAGAGGACGCCUUCAUUGCAACCACAAUAAACACACCAACUACAAUCCCGCAUCUCCUCACCCUCCAGCGGAAACCAGGCCAACUCGCCAAAGUCCCGUCCGGCGCUCCCUCGCUCCCUGCUCCACCAGACCAAUGGCCAAAGAUCCCUUCAAACCAGCCAGCAGAUGUUGUCAACUUGAUCUAUUUUGGCGAACCAGACCUUAACGGCCACCCAGGGAUCGUUCAUGGCGGUAUCAUAUCUACACUACUCGACGAACUGAUGGCCAUCAGUGUAGCUGCACAUAUACCCGGUUUCGACUUUGCAGAUAUUAACAAAUUCGGUCAGCUGUUUACCAUGCAAUUGGAUGUACGAUUCAAGAGACCGGUGAGGACUGAUGCUCAUGCUGUGCUGCGAACGUGGUGUAUCGGCAACGAGGGCCGGAAGUGGUGGGUUAGAGCUCAGCUGGUGCAGGAAGAAAAUCCCAUAAAACCCAAUGGCGAGAAGGUUGAGUGGGUAAAGAAGAAGUACGUCUGUGCUGAUGCAGUGGGGUUCUUCAUCCUGGUUAAAGACUCGAAGCUUUGA